UCCCACUGUCAGUAUCUGACUAUAUAAACCUGGUAUAUAUAAUCUUCAAACAAUCUGAUACCUCGUAUCAUAGACUGCGUUAGUGUCCAUAUCUCAUUGAACCAAUCUCAGCUCUUUUCUCUUCUCUUCCAUGGCUACUCAAGGACAAGUCAUUACCUGCAAAGCCGCGGUGGCCUGGGAACCAAACAAGCCAUUGAGCAUUGAGGACGUUCAGGUGGCUCCGCCGCAAAAUGGAGAGGUCCGAAUCAAAAUUCUCUACACUGCUCUGUGUCACACCGAUGCUUACACGUGGAGCGGCAAGGAUCCAGAAGGUCUUUUUCCAUGUAUACUGGGUCAUGAGGCUGCAGGGAUUGUGGAAAGUGUUGGAGAAGGUGUUACUGAAGUUGAGGUUGGUGAUCAUGUGAUACCUUGUUACCAGGCUGAGUGUGGAGAGUGCAAGUUUUGUAAAUCUGGGAAAACGAAUCUGUGUGGGAAAGUUCGAGCUGCAACUGGAGUAGGGGUGAUGUUGAGCGAUCGCAAAAGUCGCUUCUCUGUUAACGGAAAACCCCUCUAUCAUUUUAUGGGAACUUCCACAUUUAGUCAAUACACUGUUGUUCAUGAUGUUAGUGUAGCCAAGAUUCAUCCCAAAGCUCCUUUGGACAAAGUUUGUCUUCUUGGAUGUGGUGUUCCAACUGGUCUUGGAGCUGUCUGGAACACUGCAAAGGUGGAAAAGGGGUCAAUUGUUGCUAUUUUUGGCCUUGGAACUGUUGGGCUUGCUGUAGCAGAGGGUGCAAAAGCUGUUGGUGCAUCAAGGAUUAUUGGCAUAGAUAUUGAUAGCAAUAAGUUUGAAAGAGCAAAGAACUUUGUAGUGAACGAAUUUCUUAAUCCAAAAGAACACUGAGAAACUAAUAUCAGCAGGUCAUAGUUGAUCUCACAUAUGGAUGGGAGUUGAUACAGUGUUGAUGUAUUUGGAAAUGUCACGGUGAUGUAGAGCUGCUUGGAAUGCUGCGC